GCCUUACCUACCCUACCUUAGUCCGCUCGCAAUCACAAUCAUCACCCACACACCGCCCAUUGCACCUCAAAUUGCAGUCACAUUGCAAUAUUACGGGCACGCACCCCCUCGAUAAACUUAGCCAUCGACAGGAUUCAUAGGCAGGGAAACCCUCAUCACCACCAUCUCACCAGAAGACAGCAACAAAAGCAGCCAUCAUGUCGCAAACCGCCGGUCUUCCAUACCGCAACCCUUCGCGGCAGCAGUCCAGACAGAUGUCCGUCGACCCUCACAAUGAGCUCCGUCCAGAGCUCAAUCACUACAUCGGUAUCGAUGUUGGUACCGGCAGUGCGCGAGCAUGUAUCAUGAACGACAGAGGUGACAUUGUCGGUCUGGCGAGCGAGAAUAUUGGCCUGUGGCAGCCAGAGACCGGUUUCUACGAACAAUCGACCACCAACAUCUGGAAAUGCAUUUGCAACUCGAUUCAGCGUGCCAUGUCCCAGCACAACAUCGACCCCAACACCAUCCGCGGCAUUGGCUUCGAUGCCACUUGCUCCCUCACUGUCUUCGACCGCGAGACCGACCAGCCAGUCUCCGUGACGGGCCCCAAGUUCGACAAUGCUGAUGGUAACGACCGCAACGUCAUUCUCUGGCUCGAUCACAGACCAGUCGAGGAGACGAAGAAGAUCAACGCCACCAACCACAACCUCCUGAGAUACGUGGGUGGACAGAUGAGCAUUGAGAUGGAAAUUCCCAAGGUCCUGUGGCUGAAGAACAAUAUGCCAAAAGAGCUAUUCGAUCGUUGCAAGUUCUACGAUCUGGGAGACGCUCUCACACACAUGGCCACGGGCAGCGAGUCACGCAGCUUCUGCUCCGUCGUCUGCAAGCAGGGAUACGUGCCAGUGGGCGUUGACGGCAGCGUCAAGGGCUGGCAGGAGGACUUCCUUACAGAGAUCGGCCUCGCCGACCUCUGCGAGGACAACUUCAAGCGGAUGGGAGGUGUCAACGGGGUGAAUGGCCACUACUUGACUGCUGGAGAGCUCAUCGGCACCCUGUCCGAAAAGGCAGGCGCAGAAAUGGGUCUCCCAGCAGGCAUUGCUAUCGGCAGCGGUGUCAUUGAUGCCUACGCUGGUUGGAUCGGUACAGUCGGCGCCAAGGUGAACUUGAGGGGAGACAGCAUCGACGCUGGCAAGCCGAAGAACGAUGUCUCUCAAGCAUUCACUCGUCUUGCUGCCGUUGCGGGUACCUCGACUUGCCACCUGGCCAUGUCCGAGAAGCCAGUCUUCGUCAAUGGUGUGUGGGGACCAUACCGUGAUGUCCUCAUUCCAAACUACUGGUUGGCCGAAGGUGGUCAAUCAGCUACCGGCGAGCUGCUCAAGCACGUGGUUGAGACGCACCCCGCGUUCCAGGAAGCUAUGUCGCUCGCUGAGUCAUUCAAUACGAAUAUCUACGACUACCUGAACGAGCACCUGUCUGAGAUGCAGGAAAAGACGAGGGCCCCUGCGAUUUCGUACCUCGGCCGCCACUUCUUCUUCUACGGCGACCUGUUUGGCAACCGCUCUCCAGUCGCGGACCCAGACAUGAAGGGCUCCAUCAUUGGUCUCUCCAACGACAAGAGCAUUGAUGGUCUCGCCCUCUACUACUACGGCACCAUGGAGUUCAUCGCUCUACAGACACACCAGAUCAUCGAGCAGAUGAACUCGGCGGGUCACAUCAUCUCUUCGAUCUUCAUGUCUGGCUCGCAGUGCCAGAACCCAGUGCUCAUGUCGCUGAUGGCGACCGCCUGCAACAUGCCCGUCUUGAUCCCACGAUACGUCCACGCCGCCGUCGUACACGGUGCAGCCAUGCUCGGUGCCAAAGCAGCUUCGACCGACAAGAAUGGAGUCAGCGAGCCACUAUGGGACAUCAUGGACAGAAUGAGCAAACCUGGAAAGGCUGUCUACCCUAACAAAGAUGUGGGCGAGCAGAAGUUGCUCCAGGCCAAGUACAAGGUCUUCCUGAAGCAGUGUGAGGAGCAGCGAUCGCACCGCCAGGACAUUGACGACGCCAUCUCUGGCUGGAAGUCUUGAGCGAAAAGAUGAAUAUGCGGAUGCAACCAUGAGGACAAAAGAAAGGCGCAUUGUGCAUUAGACAUAGAAGUCGACAACCAGCUGACAUGAUUACUCUCCC